GGAACCAAAGGGUAGGAAUAAAUGAUCAGUUUUCAGAAUGCAGAGAGGUAAAUAGUGUUUCCUCUACACCCACCUCGGCCGCCUUUGGCUCCGGCCUGUCGGUUGCUGGCCCAUGUGUGCCCAGGAAAUCCCAGCCUGCAGCGGGGUUUGCCAUGCGAGGGGGCCGACGGGAGCUCUCCCAGGGGCUGGGUCAGGGGGACACAGGGAGCUGAUGACUCGACCACGCAGACUGUUCAGGUAGAUCCUCAAGACCCCCAGCCCGGUGGUGCAGCUGCAUCCGUUUCCAGCUGCCUGAUCGACCCCUCACCCUCCGAUCAGACCCGGCUCUGCCAUUCCUGGGGGCGGCCUGAGAUCGCUCCCAAAGAGCAUAGGUGUCCAGGGGGGUUAGGAGCCUACCUGGGGGGACAAUAUGGCUGAGACCCAAGGGGAUCGAGGGCAAUUGUCAGGUGUCCGGUGUCAAUGCAAAUUGUCACACUGGAGCCGCACACCCCGUGCUCUCCCCUUCCCCGUGACUGGCUGCCACCUAGGGGCGCAGCCGGGAACUGCAGGCCCAGGAGGGGAUGGGUCUCACCCCAGCGCUCUGAGCUGUUUCCCUCUGGCUAUAAGGGGUUUUCAGGCACUCGCUGGGCCCGAUCCCGGCCUGGGGUCGAGCCCUGUGGAAAUCGACUCGCUCUCGCACACGCUGGGCCCGAUCCCGGGCUGGGUCGAUCAGUGGGACUGAUUCUGAGCGGCACCUGCUGAGGCUCUGACCCUGUUCACAGAGCUCAGAUUUUGACACUGCGCCCCUCACCCUGGUGUCAGGGCAGCUGACCCCCCUCAGGGCGUGGAGGAUGGGGGCGUCCGGGGCUGGCUGGGAACUUUUGCGACAGAGCCAACAUCUGCCAGAGCAGAGAGAGGAAAUUCAGGACGGAUCCUCUGACCGUCGCCCCAUCAACCACAAGGCUGCAGCCCAGCAUCUCAGCUUCCUGUGUGAUCUCAGCCCAGCCACUCACCCCCUGCCCGCGCCUUCCCUGCAUCCUCUCACUCGGGCAUGAUGGAGGACGAGGAAGGAUACACGGUAUUGAACCUGCGGCCCAAGUGGGGCUGCUCGGGCGGCCUGUCCUCACCCGGGAACCCAGGCUCCCGUCAGUGUCCUGGCUGGCUUCAGGUCGCUCUAGGGGCUGGGAAUCUCAUCCAGGCAGUGGCUGUGCUAUUGCUGGCGGUUUGUGUUUCCCACUUGGUGUCCGAGAAGGGCCAGACCCCGGCAGCCCCUGGGAGCGACGGAGCCAGGAGCAGAGACCCCAGCACAGCAGAAUGCAGCGCCCGCCUGGAGCGUUUCCGAUCCCAGCUGUGUCCCCCGGCCCCGCCCGGCCCAGCAGGGGGCUCCGGGUGCAAACUCUGCCCCACGGACUGGCAGCUGCGCGGGGACAAGUGCUACUGGGUCUCCAGAGGACGUAAAACGUGGCGCGAGAGCCGCGCCGACUGCUCAGCGAGGGGCUCCCAGCUGCUGGUGAUCCGGGACCCCGAGGAGCUGGAGUUCCUAAAGGCCCUGACACAAGAUUCAAAUCAGUUCUGGGUCGGACUGUCUGUCCCCUCCCCGGAGAAGGCCUGGACCUGGCUGGACGGCUCCCGGCUGGAUCACACCCAGCUCCCGGUGUCAGGCUGGGAUGACCGGAACCGCUGUGGGAAGCUGUGGGGGAAUUGGAUUCAAUCUGACACCUGCAGCUCUGGAUUUCCGUGGAUUUGCCAGAGAGACGCCGUCCCGCUCUGAGCGGGGCAUCCG